GUCGGGAACAGUUGCUUUGAGCGGACGCUGCUGAUGUGAGACGCGAACUGAACGUGCGUGUGGAGCUUUGUGCUUGAGUGUUGGGCUUCCUUGUGUUCACCACUCCUUCCGUCCGCCCGCUCGCGCGUGCGUGUGCGAUGGAGGCGCAGGAGCGACAGCGGUGGUGGCACGGGGUGCGCGUGUUGGGGUUGUUGUUGUGUGUGUACAUCCUCAAUCAAGCGGAUCGGCAGCUGUUGCCAAUCUUGAUUUCAGCGGGCCUGAAAUGCGGCAACGGCACCACGUCCCACCACCACAAUGGCAGCGGCAGCAGCAAUGGCAGCAGCAAUGUACACGGCUUUGGUGGUGGGGUUGAAGCUAUCGCCAGCACUGCCAUUGCGGCUGCUACACCUGCGAACGACUGCUUGUCGUUUUCCGACUUGUUGGAGGGCCUCAUCAAAGGACCCGCAUUCACCGUGGUCUACACGGUGUUUGGCGUCUCUCUGUCGUACUUGGCCGAUCACUACAACAGGACCUAUGUCCUCGCCGCUGCCGUCGGCAUAUGGUCGCUUGCCACGUGCCUAUCAUAUGUUGUCAAGGCUUUUUACCAGCUCAUGAUUCUGCGUGUGGUGCUUGGGAUUGGCGAGGCCGUGUGCAACCCCGUCGCCUACAGCCUCAUUGCCGACUGUUUCCCCCUCAAAUCGCGAGCGACGGCGCUGUCUGUGUAUCAUCUCGGCGUGUACAUUGGCAACGCUCUGGGAUACGUCGCAGCCUCUGCGUAUUCGGUGGUCGGCUGGCGCCUGACCUUUGUCAUCUUCGGGGCACCGGGAUUUCUUUUUGCGCUGUUGUUUGCGACCGUUGUGCGUGAGCCUGAGAGGGGCGCGACGGAAAUUGGAUCCGCUGCCCAUGAGGACGGGCCGCCAAAGGCAUACAACCUCAUCUCCCUCUUCAGGCACGCCAAGGGCACGCCUGCGUUUUACACGAUUGUCGCUGCAUCCUCCAUUCGUCAGAUCGCUGGCCUGUCCCUCGGCGCCUACCUCCCGUCCUUCUUCAAGGACACGUUCAACCUCGAUGAUUCUGAGUACAACCACACGAUGCUGGUUGUCGGGAUGAUUGUGCUCACGUGCGGCAGCGCUGGCGCCAUGCUCGGUCUGCACUCGAGACGACACGCACGCUCACACGUGGCCUGA